CUGACGGAUUUGUGGAGAUGUGGAGAAUCAGCUCAUGUGUUAUCGAUUCAUUAGUUGACUUUGGAGGAACAUAAACCGGUAAUAUUUUCGUUUUUUCCACCAACAGUCGUCAGCAACAUGUUCCUCGCGAAAUUUGUGAAUAUUUAAAAACCCAAGCACAAAAUGAAGUACGCGACGUCACCCUCGACGAGUCGUUGCAGUUCUCCCAUGAUGUUCAGUUCGAGUUCAUCUCUGCCAACUCCUAUCACAUACAGGCAUAAUUGCAUGGGUGCUGCGACAAAAUGCUACAAAUAUCUCAGAAAACUACUAAAGUUUCAGCAAAUGGACUUCGAAUUCGCAGCCUGGCAGAUGGUUUUCCUCUUAGCCUCCCCCCAGAAAGUGUACAGAAAUUUUCAAAACCGAAAACAGACCAAACAACAAUUCGCCAGAGAUGAUCCAGCAUUUCUUGUUCUCCUCGCUGGAUGGCUUUUCGUAUCAUCAGUUGGAUUUGCCAUCGUCUUGCGAUUAAAUUUCUUUCGAUUCCUUCAGUUCUUCGUGUAUACGAUGUUCUUGGAUUGUAUACUCGUUGGAUUGUGUGUCGCUACAGUAUUUUGGUUCAUAACCAAUCGUUAUUUACGAUUAGAUCACACCCAGGAUGUCGAAUGGGGAUACGCCUUCGACAUCCAUUUGAAUGCAUUCUUUCCACCUCUGGUGAUACUGAACUUCCUACAAUUAUUUGUGUAUCAUGCAAUCAUAAAUUCUGAUUCCUUCACUGCCAGAUUUUUUGGGAACACCUUCUGGCUAGUAGCAGUUGCUUAUUACGUGUACAUAACAUUUUUAGGAUACACCAGUGUUGAAAUACUUCACAGAACUGCUGGUAUCCUUUGGGUUCUCCCUUGCGCCUUCCUAAUUUAUAUUAUAUUCCUUUGCGCUGGAAUCAACGUAACUAAAGAAGUCAUGUCACUUUACCACAACAGAGUCUCAUAAUAAAACAAUAAAUAAAUAUCAAAAACGAAAAAUGUUGAUUUCGUAAAGAAAACUAAAGCACUGACAAUGUAUUUUUGUAUAUCUAGAAUAUUGACUCAUCAUCAAUGGUCUACCGAUGUAAAAAGGUCAAAUGAACUAGUUCAGUAAGUUA